AUGUCAGCGUCUAACCUGUUCCCCGGCAACUGCACGACACCCGUUGAUGGUGUCUGUCCACCAAAUACCACGCUCUGCACAGGAACCUCCUGCCAGGAACAAGCAAACUACACCAACCAGAUCCUAAAGCAAGUCUUGAAAAUAGUCCUGCCAAUCUUACUGACUUUGGUCAUUCUCUCCAUGGGCUGCACCACAGAUAUCCAGAAGCUGUGGGAACAGAUCAAGCAUCCCUGGGCGAUUAUACUGGGCUUACUCUGCCAGUUCGGCAUCAUGCCCUUCACAGCCUUUGCCCUGUCGAAGGCCUUCAACGUGCUGCCAUUGCAGGCUAUCACCAUCAUCAUUAUGGGUUGCUGUCCAGGUGGUGCUUUCUCCAACAUAUUGUCCUACUGGAUGGAUGGUGACAUGACUCUCAGUAUCAGCAUGACAACCUGCUCCACCAUGCUGGCCAUGGGAAUGAUGCCCCUGUGUCUGCUCAUCUACACCUCUGCAUGGACCUCCAGUAGCAGCAUCCAGAUCCCCUACAAACUCAUAGGUAUCAUGCUGGCCUCGAUCCUGGCUCCUGUCAGUGUUGGCAUCUUUAUCAAGCACCGAUGGCCCACUCUAGCCAAAAAGGUCAUCAGGGUAGGAUCCAUCGCUGGCAUCCUCAUCAUCAUCAUAAUCACAGUUGUGGGCAGCAUCCUGUAUGACAAAUCAUGGAUCGUCCCUCCAUCCCUUUGGAUCAUUGGCGUCACACUCCCACUGCUGGGCUACGGCCUUGGUUUUCUGCUGGCAAGGAUAGCGAGGCAGCCCUGGAACAGGUGUCGCACGAUCGCUCUGGAGACAGGUGUCCAGAACAGUCCUCUGUGCAGCACCAUUAUAUACCUGUCCUUCACAAAAGAACAACUGCAGUUUAUGUUUGCGUUCCCAGUCAUCUACUCUAUCUCCCAGCCUUUAACGUUCCUGGCAGCAGCGGGAGGUGAGCUGGCAUCUUGCGUACCACAGUAUGUCCAUGUUCACAAUACAUAAAGUACAGUGGCCUUCACUUUUUA